AUGAGCGGCUUGCGAUUCCUCGACUUGAUUAAGCCGUUCGUGCCCAUCCUCCCAGAGGUGGCGGCGCCCGAACGCAAAACUCCAUUCAGACAAAGGCUAAUGUGGACUGGGUUGACACUACUUAUUUUCUUGGUUAUGUCCCAAAUGCCAUUGUAUGGAAUUGUAUCUUCAGAUACCUCGGAUCCCCUCUAUUGGCUCCGUAUGAUGUUGGCAAGUAACAGAGGAACAUUGAUGGAGCUGGGAAUAUCUCCAAUUAUCUCGUCUGGAAUGGUUUUCCAGCUUCUCGCCGGUACUCACUUGAUUGAUGUCAACCUCGACCUUAAGUCUGAUCGCGAGCUCUACCAGACCGCCCAGAAGUUGUUUGCCAUUAUUCUUUCUCUCGGACAAGCUACCGUCUACGUUUUGACUGGUCUCUACGGACAGCCCAGUGAUCUUGGUGCUGGUGUUUGCCUUCUUCUUAUUCUCCAGCUCGUUGUUGCAGGUGUCAUUGUCAUUCUUCUCGAUGAGCUCCUCCAGAAGGGUUACGGUCUUGGAUCCGGUAUCUCUCUUUUCAUUGCCACCAACAUUUGCGAGAGCAUCAUCUGGAAGGCUUUCUCUCCCACCACCAUCAACACUGGACGUGGACCUGAAUUCGAGGGAGCCGUCAUUGCUUUGUUCCAUCUCCUCCUUACCUGGGGCGACAAGAACCGCGCUCUCCGUGAGGCUUUCUACCGCCAGAAUCUCCCCAACAUCAUGAACCUUUUGGCUACCCUCGUUGUCUUCGCCUCGGUCAUCUACCUCCAGGGAUUCCGUGUCGAGAUCCCCGUCAAGUCUAGCCGUUACCGUGGAACUCGUGGAACCUACCCGGUCCGUCUUUUCUACACCAGCAACAUGCCUAUCAUGCUACAGUCUGCUUUGAGCUCCAACGUUUUCCUCGUCUCACAGAUGUUGUACAACCGUCUCCCAGAUAACCUUCUCGUUCGUUUCCUCGGUGUCUGGGAGCCCAAGGAAGGAUCUGCUCAGCUCUACGCUGUGUCUGGUAUCUCUUACUACAUGUCUCCUCCCCUCAACUUCACCGACGCUCUUAUCGACCCACUUCACACCGCUAUCUACAUCUUGUUCAUGCUCACCGCCUGCGCCAUGUUCUCCAAGACCUGGAUUGAGGUUUCUGGCUCUAGUCCCCGUGAUGUUGCCAAGCAAUUGAAGGAACAGGGUUUGGUAAUGGCCGGACAUCGUGAGCAGAGCAUGUACAAGGAGCUCAAGCGUGUUAUCCCUGUUGCCGCUGCUUUCGGUGGUGCUUGCAUUGGUGCUCUCUCCGUCGCUUCCGACCUUCUCGGUGCUCUUGGUUCCGGAACUGGUAUCUUGUUGGCUGUUACAAUCAUCUAUGGAUAUUUCGAGAUCGCUGCUAAAGAGGGUGACAUGGCUGGCCUCGGCCAGUUCGUCUCAUAA